AUGACGGGCGUUCGUGACUCACCAUCGACCACUACGGCUGGCCGGCCGUCGGUCGCUAAUUCUACCGAUCCCGUGGAAACCGAUCCAGCACUCCUUCGGGACAACUCCCAGCUCAGAACCUACAGGACGAGCCGCUUUGAGUAUCCGGACAUCCGCGUCUUCUUCCGCCAGCACGCCAAAGCCAAGGAACUUCCCGCUUCGCUGCCCCUCAUCGUGUGCAUUCCUGGCCUUGGUGGCUCUGUUGCGCAGUUCCACCCGCUUCUGAGCAGCCUCGUGGACCUGGCCCCGUGCCUGGCAGUUGACUUCCCCGGUGGCGGCCGCUCCGGCUACUCUGUCACGUCAUGGGACGCUUACACGCCGGCGGCUCUGGGCGAGCUGCUCGAGCUUAUUAUUGAGGAUUAUCGUGACAGCGAGGCGGGCCAGAGCGUGGUACUCAUCGGUCACAGCAUGGGCACCACUUUAUCGGCUUGGCUCGCAAAUCGGCGCGUCUCUCACGCAACUGCACUGUCGGAUCACGUCGUUGGUCUCGUCGCAAUCUGUCCCAUGUCUGGACCGUGGAACGAGGCCAGGUCCAUGAUGUUCCGGUGCCUGCUCUGGGUACCGGGCUGGUUGUUUUCGCUGUGGCGAGCCUGGGAUAACCGGGGUGGACCAGAGAGUCCCAGUGUCACCCGCUUUGUGGGCAAGGAAGCCGAGCCAGACCUCAAGAUCUUGCAGCAUCGCUUCAACCAGCAGAGCCGAACACCUGUUUUCAGGCGCAUGGCUUAUGGCGCGCUCCCCGUAUAUCGCGACGGGGAACCCGAGGGUGGCCUUCCGGGACUGGACAUCUGGGCUGGCUUGGACAUUCCCGUCUACCUGAUCGCUGGCGAAAAGGACCACUUGACCCCUCCAACUGAGGUGGGCAAGAUAGCCGAGGCCCUGGGCUCCGCCGCCAAGGGGGUCCCGGAAACUGCUGACGAUGAGUCUGACGUCCAGGGCCCGGAGGCUGCAGCACCAGUGAGCAUGUCGAUGAGGCCCCGCGAUCAUGUCCCCAACAGCCCUGCGGAGAACGAUCAUUACCCCCGGCAGAGUGUUGACGGCAAUGAGUACGCUGGUGACGAUGCGCAUGACGAUGUAUCGACGCCUGUCGACUCCGAUAUGUCGGGCGACGACAAGGCGUCUGUGCCGCUCCCUCCCCAGCCAACCCACCCCAAGAAGUCGGUGCAAUCCAUUGUCAUUCCAGCGCCGGCGAACCACGCCCUGCUCUACAUGCCGCGAUCUGCGCGCGCACUGGCCGGCCUCAUCUCAGACUUCUUGGCGACCAAGAUCACAGGUCGGCUGUCUCUUGCCUGGCAGCUGCAGUAUCUCUCACGGGAGGGCAAGUGGGACGUGAAGAACCUCAACAAGUGGAAAUCGGUGGCGCCAGUGUCGCACGCCAUCGGCCCUGAGGGUAAACCAGUUUUCAGAGCCAUGAAGACGCUGCGGGAGGCGGAUGACGUGCAUUGCCCACAGGAAUUCGUGGACAAGUGGUCGUCGAUCAUCAAGGACGUUAUCGACAUCUCCAAAGAUCAACCAGUCUACGACCCGCGCGGCCUGGAGCGGGGCGGUGUGCAUUAUCACAAGUUCCCGACGGUAUCAAAGAUACCGCCCGAGGGUCAUGAAGUCGAGGCCUUCACCCGGCUCGUGGACAAGCUGCGCGAGAGCCAGAAGGCUCGUGCCGUCGCGGAAGCGUGGGACGAGCCGGACAAGUGCGUCAUUGGCGUGCAUUGCCAUUACGGCUUCAAUCGCACUGGGUACUUUAUCGUCUGUUACCUGGUGGAGCGGUGUGGCUUCUCGUUGCCGGACGCUAUCGAGGCGUUCGCUAAGGCGCGGCCGAAUGGCAUCCGCCACUCCCACUUCUUGGAUCGGCUUUUCGUGCGGUAUAACAUCGACCGUGCGCAAGAGUGA